AUGCAUCGCGCUCUUGAAUCCGAAGAUAUCAUUUAUUCUGUCUUAGAACACGUCAAGUCCUCUGCGAUGGACUUAGUGAACGUGGCGAUGACUUGCUCCACGUUGGCGGGUCCCGCUCUCAAUAUCCUUUGGUCUACACAGUCAAGUUUGGCACCCCUCAUCAUGUGUUUACCGCAAGACACCUGGGAGGUCGCGGAGAAUCAAACUAUCGAUCUUUCCAGAGAGCCAACUCCCAUUGAGUGGGAACGCCUCAGAAUGAACGCAUCCAGAGUGCGCCGGAUUCAUAUUAAUGGCAUCAGUUCCGCACUUCCCCCGAAGCCACAUCUCACCCUGAGUGGUCGUGCCCUACAGAGGAUUUUCGAGCAGUUCCCUCCAGCCAUACUCUUCCCAAACCUUCAUGCAUUGGAUUUCGAGGCUAUAUGUAAUCUGCCGGGGUGUAGUUCAAAAUUCUUGCUACUUCGGCAGUUCAUGUCGCCUGAUUUGGAAUGCCUCUCGUUUGAUGUACCUGGAGGCGUCCAGACGUAUGAGGUAGAACAAUUACUUGGUGCUUUUCCUGCAGAAGCGUACGGCCUACGUGAACUGAUAAUAAGGACGAACCAUUGUGCCACGACUUUUACAGUUCCUCCGAGUUUCGGAAAGCUGCCAAAGUUAAUUAGACUGGCCAUUGAGGGAAUCGACGUAGGCCUGACGAGGCAGACAAUCACCAAUAUCCAGCCUCAAGCUCAGUGUCUUCAAUCCCUCACGCUUACUUUGCGCGGGACCUCCUGCGAUGUGGGUGGUAUGCCCUUUGAAUUCCAUGGUCUCUGGCACCUCUGUCUCUUUGGCGAUUCCUUGUCACAAUCCACACACUUCCUUCGUCAAAUCACCGCCAGACAACUAGCAUACAUCAGUAUCGGGUAUUCCGAACCUGCUUCCCCGGCCAAAAUCACCGAGUUCAUGGAAUCUUUGUCCACAUUGUGCCAAAAUUUUGGAUCCUUGCAACAGAUAUAUAUGAUCGACACAUCACAUAUACAAAAAUUCGAGGACGCCAUUCCACUCCCCUCCGAAGUCUUCCGACCCUUGCUCAAGUUCAGAAGGCUGUCGUCUGUUAUAUUAGUCGGCAUUGGAAAUUACAACCUUGACGAUAAGUUCAUCAAUGAUGUCGCAGUUGCCUGGCCGGAUAUCCAGGCAUUGAGGUUCGCUUCAAGGAGACGUGCCAGUUGUACCGUCACCUUCAGCGCCAUGAUGUCAAUGGCAUCAAGGUGCAGAUCGCUGCAUACCUUACAUCUGACGAUCGAUGCUACACGACCGACGACAACUCCUCGAGCACCUGAUGGGACCGAGGAGCUUUGGCCCCCGCAAACAGCCCUUCAAAAGCUGCAUCUUGGACACACGGAGGUGUUGGAAGUUGCACGCGUUCCAUAUCUCUUGGCUGAGGUAUUUCCAACUCUAUCGGAUUUCUUGUGGUAUGAGAGCUUUGUGGAUUCCGAUACCGAUCUCACCAUGGAAGAUGCACUGGAAGAAGCAUGGCAACAACUAAGGGUACUUCGGAACUUGGCUGACGACGACCAUGACGACUACGACUGGGAAUGGGAGGGGAUUUCAGACAGCGAAGACUGGAUGUAA